CAAGCCUUGGAAUUGCCCCUCAACUUUCCCUGGAUUGGCCCUUUCCCGCAGUUACUUGAGCGCGACGACGGAUGAAACGCUGUGUGCGAAUAACUGUCAGCUGUAUCCCGUUUCUAAAAAUCGAUAUCUACUCCUCAGAGCCAACGACACGUUGUCGAGGGUGAAGGUUUCACGGUUUCACGGUCGCGGUGACGUGUCGCUGGGAUGAGCAGCAGCGACGGCAAUCAGGCAGGCGGCGGGGCGGGGCGAGGAGGAGGAGGAGGAGGGCCCGUGCCGUCGCAGGGCUUUCCGUCUGGCGGCAGGGCGAUGGGAAUGGGAGCGCCGCCGUCGACGUCAGGCUAUUCGAGCGCGCCGCCGCCUCCCAUGGGGAUGCGACCCAUGCCGCCGCCAGGUAUUACCGCCGCGAUUUAUUCUCCGUGUGUUAAUAUCCACGUCAGCUCGACUUAGAUGUGUAGGAUGCUUUGCGAUCCGUGUAAGCGUGAUUGCUGAGGAUUCAGUUUCUGCCAAGCAGGAGACGGGAACCCUAAUUUGGGGAACGGAGCGAUGCUCUUUUCUUUUGCACACAGUCGCGCGUCCGUUUGGAUGAGCGGGUGAUGCUGAUGGUGCCAUGCUGCCAUGCUGAACCUCCCCUUUCAACUCCUUCAAACCCACAACCUGGUACGCGUUUUAGGCAGAUCGCCUGGUUCCGCUGUCCCUCCGCUCCCGUCUCUCGUGUCCCUCCCAUGGCGCCUCAUCGUGUCCCUCCCAUGGCGCCUCAUCGUGUCCCUCGCUCUCGUAUCCCCUCAUCUUUUCUAAACCGCUCUCCUCGCUUCCCUUGUCCCGGCCUAGCCUCCUCUCGUCGCCGUGUCUUCUUUUCUUCUCCUAGCCUCCUCUCGGCACCGUGUCUCGUUCUUUCUUACGCGUCCCGGAGCGUCGCCACGUUAGGUUUCAGUUGGUAAUGAGAUUUCGUUUCCUCGUAGAGUCGUUUCCCGGAGAGUUCUGUAGACAAAGGCAAAACAUGGGGUCCCUGCAGUGUGCUUAGACUCGGCUACAGUGGUCGUGGUGCGCGUUAGAGAACAGCGAGUUCCAGCCUCCAGGCUGCAUCUAAUGCGGUCAGGAGCCAAGUACGAUUGCCGGUUACAUAUUUCUGCUUGCAAGCAACGCGAAGAGCCGUCUACCUACCAGCCCGUGACAGGCAAGCGCUGGCAGGCACACCAGCAGGCUGUGAGACGGUCGCCCUCUCUAACGCUCCGGUAAGAGGGGUUUCAUGCAGGGACGGGGUUUGGGAGAUUCUAGCACUGUGGUUUUGUGUGAGCAGUGGGGUUUUCUGAGCUGCACGUGGGGAAAGCCCUUGCAUGCACAGAGGAGAGUGGUCCAGCCCAUGACAGGCACUCAGGCGGGAACAAGCAGGCAGGCAGCCGUCUAUCCUCGUUAAUUAUCCGGUAAGAGGGGUUGCGUGGAUAGGCCUUAUUGUGUGGGGAUCAUGUGCACGUGGUAAUUAAAAAGUGCAUAUGGUGUUGCUCAUAUGCA